CUUUGUAAAACUCACAGUGCCCUUUGUUGCAACGUUUGCAGAGAUCGUUUUAUUUGAACUUAAACUUCCACACAGAGCUAGACAAACAUUGGCUUGGAGAUUGUGCUUGGAGAGCAAACUGUGUGACAUAUGUUCAGAAAUGACACUGUAUGGCGUGCACGUUUGUGUGUAAGCAAAUAAUCUUUCACUCUAACUAUUUGUUGGAUUGGUUUGAAGCCACGAACUGUUUUAAUUCUACGCAUGCAUUGUAGGAAACAAUGUGGCAGAGCAUUACAAAGCCUGUCGAAAUCGUUUUUUUUUUUUUUAGAAAUUGCAAGAACUAGACACGCCGCUUAAAACGUAAACACAUGCGUAAAGAUAGCUCACGGCACGGCGCCUAAUAAAAACAAAUGCGCAAGCUGUAGAACUCUACAGACAGCUUCACGGAUUUGAAAACAAAACGUAUAGGCCUACUCGUGAUAGGAGGAGAAAAGAAAAUAUUUUGCUGCGAUGCAACCGGUUGACUGUCCUUCGUGUCACAGGCAAGAGACAGUCGUGAAUGCGCCGUGUUCUGUUCAGAGAGAGGGAGAGAGCGUCUCCACACGUCAGCUUGGGGAGGGCAUUGCUGCUUUAAAUGCUGCGAAUGUGACAGCCAAUAGUCCAGACUGCCAGUAAGAGAGGUGAUGGAAAGAAACAUGCACGACCAGUUAAAAAUGCUAACCAAAACAGGUUGCACGCUGGGGCAAGACUGACACAGAGAGCAUAGGGCGCGAAAAAGGGGAAGGAGACGGACCUCUUGGGUUCUACAAGUGCUUGCCGCCGCCUGUUUCCACGGAUCUGAGGACAACAAACGCACGCUUUUCAAAGGGGGGCUGGGAAGCCACACGAGAAGGGACAGUGGUGCGAGUAGCGUUGCCCUUGGGGGGUAAAGAUGACAGUGGUUCCCGGGGAGAACCUGGAUGAGACUGUGGCUCUGGCCGCCCUGUCCCAAGAUGUCUACGACCCAGAGAGAGCGGACCAGGAGUGCUGCGAGCGGGUGGUCAUCAACAUCUCCGGGCUGCGCUUUGAGACUCAACUGAAAACACUCGCGCAGUUCCCAACCACCUUACUUGGAGACCCCCGGAAAAGAAUGCGCUUUUUCGACCCGUUAAGAAAUGAGUACUUUUUUGACAGGAACCGUCCAAGCUUCGAUGCCAUCCUCUACUACUAUCAGUCUGGUGGUAGACUCCGGAGACCGGUCAACGUCCCCGUGGACAUAUUCAUGGAGGAAAUCAAAUUUUAUGAACUGGGAGAGGAUGUGAUCGAAAAUUUCAAGGAGGACGAGGGGUUCAUCAAGGAGGAAGAGCGCCCGCUGCCAGAGAGUGAGUUUCAGCGCCAGGUCUGGCUCCUGUUUGAAUACCCGGAGAGCUCAGGACCAGCAAGGGGCAUAGCAAUAGUUUCUGUUUUGGUCAUUUUAAUAUCCAUAGUCAUAUUUUGUCUAGAGACACUGCCUGAGUUCAGAGAGGAGGGCAAACUGGGCGAGGACCACCCCUCUCUAAAUGGAACGGCGAGCGCCAACAAGCCAAAUCCGUUCACAGACCCCUUCUUCAUUGUGGAGACGCUGUGUAUCAUUUGGUUCUCCUUUGAGCUGCUGGUGCGAUUUCUUGCGUGUCCCAGCAAGCCCGCCUUCUUCAAAAAUAUCAUGAACACCAUCGACAUAGUUGCCAUUAUGCCCUACUUUAUUACCUUGGGUCUGGAGCUGGCUGAGCACCAAGGGAACGGCCAGCAAGCCAUGUCCCUGGCCAUUCUGCGUGUCAUUCGCUUGGUGCGAGUGUUCAGGAUUUUCAAGCUCUCCAGGCACUCCAAGGGUCUCCAAAUCCUUGGGAAGACCCUGCAGGCGAGCAUGCGAGAACUGGGUCUGCUCAUAUUCUUCCUGUUCAUUGGAGUCAUACUGUUUUCGAGCGCGGUGUAUUUCGCGGAGACUGACGACCCCGAAUCGGGGUUCAGCAGCAUCCCCGAUGCGUUCUGGUGGGCGGUGGUGUCCAUGACUACCGUGGGCUACGGAGACAUGUGCCCGGUGACCAUCGGUGGCAAGAUUGUGGGCUCUUUGUGUGCCAUUGCCGGCGUGCUUACUAUCGCACUGCCGGUCCCUGUCAUCGUUUCCAAUUUCAACUACUUCUAUCACAGGGAGACGGAGCACGAGGAACAGUUCCAGUACACCCAUGUAACAUGUGGCCAGCAACAGCCCACGUUUGGUGAAUUCAAAAAGAGUGACAGCAAAGCUUCACUCUCCAAGUCAGACUAUCAGGAGAGUGAGGAUGCAGACUCGAUCAAAUACACCAACUGCAGUCCACACAAAGCGUACACGGGGAAGCUGACUGAUGUAUGAUUGUAGAAAUACGCAUCAGUGUUACCCAGUGAAAAUGCGCGCCUAUAUGAGUACCCCCAUUCCGCGCUCUGGCUGGAGUAGAUUCACAAGCUGUUAUUUCCGGCAUCAGUAACGCAAAGGGAAUUAUUUAUUAGGGAAAUCAUAACAGAGUACUGAAACGUGGUGUGUCGAUUGUUCUGUUUUGGUUUCGCACAUGUCUUCCAUUUUUACGCAAUCAUCUUAUUCAAAUGAGCGAAGUCAAAUAUUCAACUCAAAAUCCUCUCAGCCUAAAAAACAAUGGGGAGAUUUAUAUCAUCAACGAAAUACCAAGCCCAACCUCGAGUUGAAGCACUUUAUUAAUGUACUCUUAGUAAUGUGUAAUUUAUAAAUGGCAUGUCUGUCAAUUUUGGGAGGAUGUUUACAUUUAAUUUGUCUAUUUGGAGCAGACUAACAAUAUAGGACCAAAUUAUUUAAAGAUUAGCUGUUGAUCAUCACCAAUGCAACGAUUGAAAAGUACAAGGUCACACGAGGGAGUAUAAAUAACGACCACUUCCACCAUAUCAAAUUGUUGUGAUAUUGUCUUCUUACGACAGCAACUGAUGGGGCCACAUUGCGCGUGUAUUGCAUUGUCUCUCACAUUAGAACACCGUGCCUGCUGCGUGCCCUUUGGCAAGGCAUAUAUCCCCAUCAAAAAUCAGCUGUCACCAAAACGUGAUCAGCACUCAACAAGAAAACAUGUCACAACUACUGUAAUCGUCCUCCAAAUUUAGUUAUUGGAAUUCAGCGUUGAAUUGUUUAUAGCACCUUGCCUAAGAUGAACACUAUUCCAUGGAUAAGAUGCAAUUGCUUGGUUUGGUUAUGGUCUGUAGCCGUGAUAUAUCGUUUACAUAAAUUAUUGGGCGAUGGCUCUUAAAUUAUCGACAUCUUACUGUAAUAUUGGUGAGACACUGAGGCUGUUCAGGGUGUAGGCACAUGCAGCUGAAAGAGACGUCUACUUUUACCUUACCUGUGACUGGUACAAAUGUAUUAAAUGAAAGAAAACACGAGCCUGCGUGCAUAAAAUGCAUAUGAAAGACAGACGGGGGGGGGAAACUUGAUAGAAUGUGCGCUCCAGCCAUGGCGAUGUUUAAAAUCCAACUGCGCCACCGGAUGGUACAAGAUGGAAAUUGCAGAAUACCGUAUCAGAUACAAAGAGUGUUUCUAUAGCAACCUUCCAGACUGUUCUGAAUCCUUCGACAUCAGUGAGACAUUGUGUUGCCUUAAAUUAGGCUGUGAAGGGGGAUGUUUUGGCUGGGCUUGUCCAUUGCUUUCGAUUAUGCUGCUUCACGUCACCGACAAAAGAUAAUGUAAACAAAUUCCAUAAUACGUGUUUGUUGGCAGCUAUUGCGUCUAUUCUGCCUCCAUGUUCUAAGCUUGGCAUACUCGUAGUCUGUGGCAAUCUUGCAUAAUCUGCUAUCAUCUGCAAUAUCACAGUUACAUGUUAUUGUAAGUAUACGUGUAAUAGUAAUGAAAAAAGACAAGGCGCAAUGAAGUCACCAACAGCUCUUCCCUUGGCCAAGAGGACAUUUUGGUUUCCCUACACCCAGACGAGUGUCAAAUGAAUGAACAAAAACUGCAAGUACCUAAACACAAAGAGACACGGCACAGCCCCCUUGCCCUCAACAACAAUAACAAAAAUGGUUCUCUGGUGUGGAAUAAUAAGGGAAUAAUACUGACGAAUGUGUCAUUCUUUUGGACUCGAGAAGCGGGCGCAUACAAUUUCCAAAUGGUUGGAUUAACACAGGUUGCCUGUACCUGUCAGUGCACCAUCACCACAUCAACAACAAUGACGACAACGAGAGUGCUGCGCAGACAUCUGGUGUGGGAACUGUCAGAAACAUGCAAACCAUCACAUCCUACAUUCCCCGUUUGGGGUAGUGGAUAUUCCCACACACCAUUGAGGGUUAUCCAGCGACACGGUAGGGGGAUGGAUGGAUGAAGAUGUUCUUCACGCAAAACAACAGCGAAUUUGACUCCUCCCUUCUCUGUCAUACCACUGCAGGAGUACCAGUAUACCUUCUCGCUCGCUCUCUCUCUCUCUCUCUCUCUCUCUCUCUCUCUCUCUCUCUCUCUCUCUCUCUCUCUCUCUCUCUCUCUCUCUCUCUCUCUCUCUCUCUCUCUCUUCAACAUCAUCAUACACACUCACAUGCAGAAACUCACUCAUAUGCAGAACUUGGGGAGUGUGUGUGUUUGACCAUCACCGAGCCCCAUGCACUGCAAAAAAGGAGCGCACGCACGCACGCAC